AUGUUGACACUGAAAACUAACAGCCGUACACUUGGGAAUCAAGUUGCACUGUUUGCUGAGGGAAAAGGUGUUGCUGGCGUUGCUGAUUCCGGGAAUUUCGUUUCUUUAGAGAAAGAGAAGAAAGAGAAAAUUAGAAGAUUGAGUAGCAUUAGUGGUAAUAGAGAAAGUCCCAGUUCAGGUCCCAAUAGCAGCCCACACUGUGAAACUGAAAUGGGUAGCUCUUGUUGCUGUGAUUUGUCUUCUGAUAAUAGAGAAAAUCAGUGCCCUUCACAUUCACAACUCUCUUCUUCUCCCGUCACUAAUUCUGCCACCAAUAUGUUUAAGAUACCAAAGAAGUUCUUUCAUGACUGCAAUCUCAUUAAUCAUUCCUCUGUUCCACGGAAGCUACGGUCAGCCAUGAAGAAGCGCAGUUGCGAAUCGAUCGUCCCUCCUUUACCAGAUUCUAAGAAAACAAACCAUAAACUUGGCGGAGAUGAAGUGCAUAGAAAGAAUUCUUAA